AUGUAUGAAAAUCAAAAUACUUUUGCCACUACUGCCAGAAGAAAGACAGGCAGCUUAUUUUUUAGUUUGGCAGCAAUAUUUAUUAAAGAUUAUAAGUACCUAUAAGUUAAGCCAUAUUUGCGGGUUUGUAGUAAUAGAAAAAGUGUAUACUGAAUAGGUCAUCGUUAUCUGAAUAAGGAUUGUUGAUUCUCGAUUUAGCGUACGAACCAUUGCUACAUCUCUACAAAUGUCAAACAAUAGAAUCUCCAUCAUUUGUCACUGUCAAAAAUAAAUCAAUAGGAAUUGUAAGCCAAGAACAUUGUUGUGUUUUAUUAAACUAAAUAAUUUGUCAACAAAUUUGCGUUCAUUGCAAAUAAAGGAGAAAAAAGAAGAUUAAUGAAAUAUAAAAACAAAAUGGCACACAGAUGGAGGGAGGAGGAAACAGUCGCUUUUGUAAAUAUGUACAAGCAAUCCAGAUGCUUAUGGGAUAUCAACGAUAAACAUUAUAAAAACCGUCACGCGAGGCUGUCGGCACUUAAACUAAUGAUACAGGAGCUUGAAAUCCCUGGAUUAACAGUGUAUGAUGUUAAAACAAAGAUAAAAAACUUGCGGUCGACAUACCAUCAAGUUGUGAAGAAGGUACAAAAUUGUCAGAAAGAUGGUCAUGUUUAUAUCCCUCGUUUGGUUUGGUUCGAUACUUUUAGCGAAAUCGUAAACAGUGAAAAGACGAAGAACGUAAAAGAGGAGUCUUCAAAUGUGAGUUCGGAUAACGUCAAUGAAUCAUCUACCGAUGAGUACUUUGACAGUCCACACACACAAAGUCCAGAACCAGACAAUGACAAUUACGAAAGCAAAGCAGAAAUCCACUUUGAAGAAGUCAGCAGCUACAGUCCACCUAAGAAAAAGCAAGCUACCGUGUCUAAGGACAAAAUAAACACGUUAUUAGAAAAGAUCAAGAGAUUAGAACAAGGCAUGUCUUCUCAGACCACUGGCAUAAACGAUUUGGAUGAAUUCCAGCUGUUUGCAAUGAGCAUAGCGGAGCAAUUGAAGCAGCUACCGUUAGUAUCGGCAUUACGUUUACAAGUGGAAAUACAGAAUCUUGUAUCGAAUGAGAGGAUCAAUGCUACAAGUCAAAGUUGCUCUAAAGAUUGAGAGUUUUGGUGUAAUUUUACUGACCAGUUGAAAGACAAGAUCUGAUAAUGUGGUGUAGCAUUUUAAAUGCCAAGUAACAGUGGUAGAAUAACUUUUUUGCCUCCCAAGUUAUUCACGUUCUCCCAGGGAUCAGAAAAUAACUAUUGUUUUCUGUUGACACCAAUCACGGGAUUAAUGACAGGACAGCAUCUAUCAGAACAGUGUCAACUCUGCCUAUUAAUUGUAUAAAUUAAUUAUUAAACUAAUUAUUUUUUAAAUAUUACAUACUCAUAGAUAUUAUUGCAUAAGACAUUCCUACUGGCUACUGUUAAAUCAUAGUAUUUAUAAUAUUAUAGCUUUUAUUAAAGAGCAAUCAAGAAACAACAAUCUUUGGUGCUUUUUUUUCAUUUAUUAUUAUUACUUCAUUUGUAAUCAAAUUAACCAAUUUCUAUUUACUGACAUGGUUAAACGGGGUUAUAAAUUAAAUUCAUUUUCCAAGUUGGUUGACAAAUGCACCCCAAUUUUAAAGAUAGAUAGAUAAGAAGCUGGUCAAAAUAUUUUUUUAUUUUUCAAAUUUAUGUCUUUUACAAAAAGAUUGGCCAACUUUUUUUACUAUUGGCAUGUUAUGGGUUGGGAAUUUUUGUAUGCAAUAUUUAUAACUGCUGUUUAAUAUAGGAACAAUACCUAUGUAUAAAUUUGUCAUUACUUUGGGGCAUUUCUAAAGAUUUCCUUCUGUAAUGGCAUACUAACUUAAUUGUAUAAAGAUCAGGAUUUAUAUCUAAGGUCUUUGGCCAAUAAAAACAGUAUUACAGGUUAAUAUUGGCAUUACUAAACUUGCUUGCAUUUAGCCAUUAUUAUAAAAAGGAGAAAAUGUUCCAAUAACUUUUAUUUUAACUUUGGACCAUUCACGGCUUAACAUACUUUAAGGACAGAUGUUUUACGUUACUAAGUUAUAAUUUUUAAUUAUAUGUAGAUGGAUAUAUUUUAAGUUUAUUGAUAUUCAGAAAUCUGUAGAUAAGCUACUGCAUAUUGCAAAUAAA